AGCGGCCGCCUAAAGCGAGCGGAAGGGAUGGAGCCGGCGAAGAUGGCGUCUCCCAAGAGCGCGCCCAAAGACGCGCAGGUGAUGGCGCAGAUCCUGAAGGACAUGGGCAUCACGGAGUACGAGCCGCGGGUCAUCAACCAGAUGCUGGAGUUCGCCUACAGGUAUGUGACUACUAUACUGGAAGAUGCAAAAAUUUACUCGAGCCACGCAAAGAAAUCCAGCGUCGAUGCAGAUGACGUGAGGUUGGCGAUCCAGUGUCGAACAGACCAGUCGUUUACAUCUCCGCCUCCAAGAGACUUCCUGCUAGAUAUCGCGAGGCAGAAAAAUCAGACGCCGUUGCCGUUGAUAAAGCCUUAUUCGGGACCCAGGCUUCCGCCUGACAGAUACUGCUUGACCGCUCCCAACUACAGACUGAAGUCCCUACAGAAGAAGGUCUCUUCCUCUGCAGGAAGAAUAACAGUCCCUCGCCUGAGCGUUGGUGCUGUGAGCAGCAGGCCCAGCACUCCUACUUUAGGUACACCUUCAGCGCAAACAGUAUCCGUCUCAACAAAAGUCGGCACUCCGGUGUCGCUGACCGGUCAGAGGUUCACCGUACAGAUCCCGUCUUCUCAGGCAGCAGUCAAGUCAGCCACACCGACGACUCCGACAGUUCAGAAUGUUCUAAUUAAUCCUUCGUUAAUUGGACCAAAGAACAUUCUUAUUACCACAAAUAUGGUAUCGUCACAGAAUACAUCUAAUGAAUCAAAUCCCUUGAAAAGGAAGCACGAAGAUGAUGACGACUAUGAUAAUUUGUGAAGAGACUGUCCGAUCCCCUUCCGUUCUUCGGUGAUUCAUAUUGAGUCUGACAGGGGUUUUGCCAAGAGUUCUUUGUAAACAGUGUGAGAGCGUGUAAAUACUCUGUUGAUAUGCGGCUGGGUGCGGAGUGAGAGAGAGAUCGUUGCCUGUGGAAAGAUGAAAAAGCGACUCGUUUUUUUCCUCUGGCCCGUAAUGUCUUUUGAACCUCAGCAGCGACGGUGAGCGCUGGUCGCUGGUACGCAGGAGAACGGUCUUCGCGUCUCUUCGGUCGCCUUAUUUCUAACAGACAGACGUGUCCGCGUCUCUGCAGCCUGGUGAGCCGGGCGCUGGGAGUGCUGCCCCGUGCCGAGUGAAAAUAAUUUUGAGAAAACGCUGGGUGGUGUGACAUAGACACUCAUUUCAAAUAACAUCGAAAGCAGAGUCCUGGGUGAGGUGGGACGCAGCUGGGGACUAGCAGCCUUUUUUUUCCCCCCCCAAAUACAUUUGCUGCUUCUAGGUUGCGUUAGUCGCAUACGCUGUUCUCCACGUGCAGUUCCAGUGAGCGUGAAGAUUAUCUCUUAACAGUAGAAAUGCAGAUAAGAGGUAGAGGAGGAGGUUGCUGGAGAACACUUAUUUAGGCUGACCUCCAGUAUCUGUUAAUCCAUGGUUUCUGUUGACCUUAACACCUACACUAGUACCCGCAACUCAAAAGUUAGAGAAGAGGUAAAAACCCAGCAAGAUUUGUUCUUUAUUUCUUUCCGAAGAGCUGCACCUCCGUUGUUGCUUCGUUGAGCUUGUGCUUAUGUGUGUAUUGAAUAGAACGUCACUGUCGUCGUGGCAGGCGGGGGGAUCUGGCGAAGGGCGAAUCGCCUGAGCUUGGCUGCGAGUGUCUGACGCGAUGCCUCGGGUAUUUGCAGAUGGUUUUGUGGUGUAUCAGGGGCCCAAGUCUGCUCGACGAAAAGACUGAAUAAAUUGAAUGUGGUUUUAUAUGUUAAACAAUAAACAAAGUGCUGUGGUUUUGUAACCGUGUCCUUGGUAAAUGCUUUAGCUUGUACUAACUUUCCUAAUGCCUCUUUUCUCACGCCGAGCUUGACCUGGGAGAGCUCUUGCACGAAUUCAGGCUCGGUUGCAAAUGCAAAACCGCUGUUUCCUACUAAAGCCCUUAAAGGUUCACAAGUAAUUGGAUACACCAGCUUUUAAAAUG